AUGCUGUCCCGCUUUCCUCGAGCUCUCCCAGCGGCCAUCCGCCCGACCCUCCGCGUCGGCCGGAUCUCAACGCCAGUAGCUUCUCAUUUCCAACCCCAGGCGAAUCUGGCCCCUCGCUCAUCUCGUCGGGGCUUCCGUUGCACCCCUGCAGCUCACGGAGAAUACCAUGAAUACGCGGAACAUUAUCUCAAUGUGCUCCAGAGCGAGAUAGAGAAGGUGCAAGAGGAGGGCGCAGACAUAGAGGCUGAGUAUAGUGCCGGAGUAUUGAACAUCAUCCUUCCCAGUGCCGGCACCUAUGUCUUGAACAAGCAACCCCCCAACAAGCAGAUCUGGCUCAGCUCCCCUAUCUCUGGUCCCAAGCGGUACGACUGGGUUGUGGAGGGGGACCACAUGCACGAGAAGCAGGAUAGUAGGCCCUUUGCUAGUGGGCAGUGGAUCUAUCUCCGGGAUGGGUCUAAUCUGACGGACCUGUUGAACACCGAGUUGACCUUGAAUAUCCCGAAAGAUGUCUACUCUGAGGAACUGUGA